AAGCGUAGGGUAACACUUUUUUUGUACAAAAAAAAGCGCAGUGUGUGUUGUUUAUUAUGCAUUUGUUGAACUACAAAAUUAAUUAAUUAAAUGUGCGCCACGCCCGGCAUGUAAUCAAUCGCCACGCUUGAAAAUGGGCGGCCAAACGAACGAGGGGCGUGGAGAUCGCCCCCCUCCUCCUCCUGCGUCGCUGCCCCUCCUGCUGCUGCUGUUGUUGUUGUUCCUGAAUCAGACGCCGACUGCGACGCCGACGUCGACUGCGACGGCGGCAGAGGGGGGUCAGGUGCAGUCGCAACCAGAAACGGAAAAUCCCCAAAAUCCGGAAACAUCCAUCUCUACCGGUUCAGGAUCGGCAUCCUCAUCUUCAUCCUGCCCCCGAAAAUGCAGCUGCCGCAAUAUAUCCGAAAACAUACACAGCCUAAAAGUUCGCUGCGAUGAGCAGCAGAUAACCAACUGGCGGGAACUGGAAUUUGGAGAGGAUGUGUUGUCCAGCGUGGUCAGCAUCAAUGCCAGCAAGAACUCCAUUGCGCAGAUUACCGCCAUGGAUUUCGCUAACUUUACGGAACUCAGGCGCUUGGAUCUGUCCUUCAAUCUCCUCACCGAACUGGAUAAGGAAACCUUCGGCAAGAGUCUGGGCCAUCUGGAGAAGCUGAAGCUGGCGGGGAAUGCCAUUAGCCACAUCUACGAGGGCACCUUCAAUUAUAUGACCAGGCUCAGGCUGCUCGAUCUGUCUGGAAAUCCCUUGGCCUGCGAUUGCGGCUUGAUCUGGUUGAUUGCCUGGUCGACCAGCAAAGAAGUGCGCCUCCAGCCGCCCCCUAAAUGUGACUCCCCCAGCAACUUUCGCGGCAUGCCACUGAAAAAACUGCGUGUGGGCAAGGAUUUCCAUUGCGAGACGCUGCUGCAGCCGUUGCUCGAGCUGAUUCCCAGCCGGAAUCAGGUGGCUUUCGAGGGCGAUGAGCUGCAGCUUAAGUGCUAUGCCCCGCGCGUGGCCAUCGGAGCUCCCAGGGAGAGUGAGGAUCUGCCCACCAAGGCCUAUGUGUUUUGGGGAUGGUCGGAGAAGAUACGUGCCAAAAACUCCACCGAGGAUAUCAUUUACCAGGAUCCCAUCAAGGUUUUCGGCGAUGUGAACCUCGAGACGGGCCACUCAACGGACUCGGGCAUUCUGCAGUCGGUCCUGCGUAUCGCUAGCCUCACCCAGAAUCACACGGGCAUGUGGGACUGCACGUUGCGCAGCCAGCAGGCGAAUCUUUCGCAGGCCAUCGUCCUUCAUGUGGUGGCCAAGGGGACACUGUACUGUGAGGCCCGAGUGGUGCACACGAACAAGGGCACUUACCACUGGCCCAGGACGAUGCGGGGCGAGACUGUGCUGCAGGAGUGCGUUGAGGAGCCCAGCGAUGCCACGCAAGCCCGUCGAGCCUCGCACGAGUGCGGACCCUCCGGGGAGUGGCUAAAUCUGGAUACGGAGAGUUGUGUCUAUGUCAGCGAGACCACACGCAUCCUAGAGCAGUUUGCCAAGGUGAAUCUUACCCUGACAAAGGGUCAGAAUGCCCUAGAGAUUGCCCGCCGUUUGCACAACUUUACGCAGGCGCAGACACAACUGAAUCGCAUACGAGAUCCCAUGGACCUGGAGUACAUAGCUCGAACAUUGGUCAAGUAUUUGGAUCAACUGGAGCAGCCGCAGCAGCAGCAGGAGAUCAGUCAUCUGUUGAUGGACAUCGUUUCGCAGCUUCUCAACUUACCGGCGCAUCUUUUUCGAGCCGCACAAUCCGAGCAGGGCACUGGCCAGCGGCUGCUGCAUGUGGUGGAGUCCUCGGCCAUGCGAUUGGCCUUGGCCAGCACCCAGGCGGAACCGCUGCCCGCGGAGAUGAUACCCUGGCGGGGAUCGCUGGCCCAGCAGCGCAACCUCUUCGUGGAGUUUUUCAACAUCAGUCUGGAUGCCUUUGUUAGCUUGUCCUGCGUUUGGCUGGAGCAGAGUCCGCGGGGUUUCCAAUGCAAUAGCGCCAAUGACACCAUACCCAUGUACGAGCAUGGCGACAUCGAUGCUGCCAUCCAGCUGCCCUACAGCGUGAUUGGAAAUAGCUCUGGAAGUUCACCGACUGCCUCGCCCAUCCGCAGUCUCCGCUUGAUGAUCUCACUGCACAGGAAUGGCAAACUGCUGCCCAAUCUGAGGGGAAGCCACAAUGAAUCCUUGUCCUCCGCCAUCAUUGGUAUUCUGGCGUACAGCAGCGAAGGAGAAGCUGUUCAGUUUCGAUCCGAAAACGAGCUAGAUCCGGAGGAGGACGUGUACCAGCAAAGGGUGACCGUGAUGCUAAGGGCACACCCGUAUCACAAUCCUUUGAGUGCGCCCCAACCUGCUUGGUGGGAUGCGGAGGAGCAGCGUUGGGAGCCGAGCGUUUGCCAGCAGCACUAUCAGCAUCGCACCCUGGUCAUGUUCAGUUGCAGUCGCACGGGAUACUAUGGCCUGCUCCAGAGGAGUCGCUAUCUGAAUGAUUUUCGAAGCGAGGAGUCGGGCGCCCGCUUCAGGCAUCCACCGGCUGCGGUCUACGCUGGAUGCGGCCUACUCUUCGCCUGCUGCGCCUUCAAUGCUGUGACCUUUGCUGUUUUUGGAAGAGCUGUGCGAAUCAACCGGGUGCAGCGGCAUGCUCUGGUCAAUACCUGGUUGGCACUCGGUGCACUGGCUCUGGCUUUCUCGCUGGGAAUCUACCAAACCUCCAGCCAGCCGCAGUGCCGCCUGCUAGGAUUGCUGAUGCACUACCUCGGCCUUUGCGUACUGCUUUGGGUGUGUGUGAGCCUGAGUAGCAUGUACAAACGGCUGACGAAGACGACAACCUCGGGACAGGGACAGUGCCAGGGCCAGGAUAUGGAGCCGCAGCGGGAGCGAGAGCGAAAACCCAUACUGGGCAUCUACCUGGUGGGCUGGGGCAUCGCCCUGCUCAUCUGUGGCAUCAGCAGUGCCGUGAAUCUGGCGGAAUAUGCCACCUACGAUUUUUGUUUCCUGCACAGCGCCACCACACUGAAUGCUCUCCUUGUUCCAGCCGUCAUUCUUGUGAUCUUCUGCGGCAUCUUGGCUCUGUGCAUAUACUAUCAACUGAGUCAGCAGGCGGUAAAUGUGCUGCAACUGCAAAUGCAACAGCAGCAGCAUCGUCAGUACUCGGAUAACAACACGCAAGCCACGGAGCACAUCGAUCUGGAUUGGCUGGAUGCGAAUGGUAGUGCCACCACAGCGGCGGUUGGAGGCGGUUCCGGCAACCACGGCGGGCGCAAGGAGCAGGAUCACAUGCAAGAGCAGUACAGUACGCUGAGCAAUCCGCUGAGCAGCAUUGUGGACGAUUUCGAGCGCUCGAAUCUUUCCCAUCUGCGUGGUCACUUCAUUUUUCUGGUCUUGUAUGCCGGCGCUUGGUUAUCCGCCGCCGCUUACGUAAAUGGUGGUCAGGAGCUCUAUGUUAUAUCCUUUGCCGGCUGCUGUUCGUGUUUAGGCAUUUUCCUACUGAUUUUCUACAACCUGAGCCGGAACGAUGCCCGUCAGGCCUGGUCGCAGGGCAGAGAUGGACGCAGCAGACCUGCCAAAUUGGUGACCUACAACAAUGGCAGUCAGGCGAGGGGCGCACACCCGUCGGGAAUGAUCCCCGGACCCGGAACGGCCAUGAUCAGCAACUCCAUUGUGGCCUACAAGGCGAAUCCCGGUCCUGGCAGCUUGUACGAGGCAAACAAUUCGGCGGGAUCACGCUCGAAUAGCCAGUGUUCGAGGAGCAUGCGCAGCCAGACGAGAAGUCAAACGAGGAGCCAGCAGGAGCAGCUGCUUCAGGCCAAUGGAGCAGGGGGAGUUACUAUCAUUAACAACACCAGCGGACAGCAGGGAGCCGGAGGUGGAGCAACAGCGGGUGGAGUAUCUGGCUCGGGAGGAGGAGGAGCAGUCCCGCCUCACAGCUUAAAUGCCCUAUUACAUGGUUCCAGUCACGACCUCAUACCCUCGGCGGAGAUCUUCUAUAAUCCCAAUCAAAUCAAUGUGGCCCGAAAGUUCUUCAAGAAGCAGAAGCGCCUGGCCAAGCGGAACAACUUCGAGCUGCAGCGCCAGACGAUGCCACAGAUGCAGCUCCAGAUGCAGAUGCAAAUGCAGCUCCACAGCCAGCACAGCCUGAGCGAUGCCAGUUCGGAGCAGCUGUACAGCAGACACCACAAUGCCAUGACUCUGCUGGCGGGCGGCAGCAAGAUAAAUAACACUAAUCUGCACUACAAGAACCAAGGCUCGCCCAUGGCAGGAGCUCCCAAGGAACACGGAAUGGGCAUGAGUUCCGGCGGGGAUUCCAUGCAGUUCAAGCGCUUUGUGCCUACCAGCGCCUCGUCGGCGUCCAAGAUCAUGCAGGCCAAUAUCUACACAAAUAUCCCGGAGACGUUGACUCCUCAGCAUGAGGUGAUCAAACUCAGGGCCAAUGGUCGCACCAGAACACCUUCCCUGCUGGAUGAAACUCUGCACGAGCAGGAUGACGAUGAAGAGGAGGAGGAGGAACACGCUCAGGCGGCGGCAACGGUCGAGGAACCCGAGCCCGAACUCGAGGAGGAAGAUGCCAGUUCUUUGGACGAACAUGCUCCUUUGUAUGCCAAUACCUUGCCACCAGCCAGCGGAAUGAGCAGCUUGUUCCGAAACCGAGGACCAUCCCAUCAACCCAUCAGCUCCACACCCGUCAAGCAGCCCAGUUUGGAAGCCAUGAAUAGUUUGGGCCUGCCGGAGGUUAGCCUAGAAGAACCGCUCCUGCAGAAGCACGAGAUAUAUGUGUCCAACUCGCUGCAAGUGACCACCAGCAAUAGCAUCCAGUUGGACGAUGAUUUUCCUAGUGUCCUCAUCCGUUUCAAUCAGCAGCAGCAAUCCAAGUCGCUGAAUAAUAUCAGUGAGAUGUUGGCUGGCGGGGGAGGUGGUGGCGUAAACUCGCCUGGAUUGGAUAACCUGGGCGACCAGGAAGAGUCCAGCCAGCUGUCCGUCAACGAGGCCAGCACGCUGGAAGAGCAGCAAUUACGCCAGGUGUACUCCUGCUCCAGUAGCAAUCUCAGCCAGCUAAAGGCGCACCAUCCGGCCACGUCGGUGGACACGGAGGACGAUGGACGCCUGCUAUCCGGCAGUCCGACGAACGAGAGCGAUCUAAACUACCAGAACUCGGAGAUCAGCAUCCGUAGUCAUGGACUCUAUGCUCCCCAGGCGGACAACGAUCUGAAUUUGACCCUAACCGAUGACUUCCGCUGCUAUCAGUCCUCGAAUGCCAGCGAUGCCGAUGUGGAUGUGCUGAACGAGUUCGACGAUGAGUUUGUGGCCGCCACGGGUGGUGAAAGGGUGGCGGGAGAUCCCGAGCAGGAUCACCAUCACGACCACGACCAGGACACCUCCAUUGAUGAGCUGUACGAGGCCAUCAAGUGCCGCAGUCCGUUGAGAAGCAAACAGGAGGCGGUCGAGCGCUUUGAAAGGGAGAGAGAGCGAGAACGUGAAAAGGAGAUGGAAGCCAAAACGCUGAGCAAUUCCCACAACGAAAAUCUAAACGAGACGAUGGAGGACGAUAGCAGCCAGAGCAGCGUGAUCUCGUACAUCGAUCCCAGGGCAGCCAACGAGCCACGCCCCUUCCCCAGCUAGCUCAACCCACUCAGCCCACCCCUAGUUAGAUGUAUAUAGAAUAUAUACAAGAUGUAUAACACCCGAAAUCCCACCCGCCUCCCCGCUUGGCCGGCAAACAAAUGGUUAACGUGCCAAUGCCAAAGUAUUCCUGUACCACGUUUUGUACUCAACCCACUGACACUCGCCGACAUAUAUCAGACUAGAUCAGACUUUUAUAUAUCCAGAGUGCUUAUAUCCUAAGUUCGCCCACUCAAAACCCAGCUAACUGAACUUGUAAUUAUAGUAAGGCCCCCCCUAUUUAUUAUGACUAGUAUUACUCCACUAAACGCACCCAGUUUCAAAUUCACCGGAGAAAACUUCAUCCAAUCAGAGUCCAUUAGCUGGUCCCUAGGCUACAUCGUACUGCAUUUCAUCACAACGUCUAGAAAUCACCAUCCCACACCAAGUCCUACACACAUUUAAUAAGUUUUAAAUUCUGAUAAAGCAAAAUGCAUUUAAAUGUAGGCUAAGUUUAUAUUUAGAUAUAAAUAAAUGAAAUGUUCACUUAAAAUAACUAA